AAGACCUGGAGAUACAGGAAGACAUGGAUUUGUUGGAAGACGUAGCUUAGUUGGAAGACAUAUAGUUUCCGGAAGAUGUGGAUUUUCUGGAAGACAUGGCUUGGUUGGAAGACAUGGAUUUUCUGGAAGACGUACCUUUCUUGGAAGACGUACCUUUGUUGGAAGACGUAACUUUCUUGGAAGACGUACCUUUGUUGGAAGACGUACCUUUGUUGGAAGACACAGGUAGGCUGGAAGACAUUAAUUUGAUGGAAGACAUGGCUUUGUUGGAAGACGUGCAUUUGCUGGAAGACACAGAUUUCCUGGAAGACCUGGAUUUUUCGGAAGCUAUGGAUUUGAGGGAAGACAAGGAUUUUCUGGAAGACGUGGAUAGUCUGGAAGACAUGGCUUUGUUGGAAGACAUGGAUUUGCUGGAAGACACAGAUUUCCUGGAAGACGUGGAUUUUUUGGAAGCUAUGGAUUUGAGGGAAGACAAGGAUUUUCUGGAAGACAUGGAUAGUCUGGAAGACCUGGAGGCCAUUGGAAGACGUGGAUUUUCUGGAAGACAUGGUUUUUUUGGAAGAUGUAGAUUUUCAGGAAGACCCGAAUUAUCCGGAAGACCUGGAUUGUUGGGAAGACGUGGAUUUUCUGGAAGACUGGGAGGUUACGGAAGACUGGGAGGUUACUGGAAGACAUGGAUUUUCUGGAAGACAUGGAUUUUCAGGAAGACGUGGAUCUUCAGGAAGACAUAUAUUGGCUGGAAGACCUGGAUUUUUUCCGGAAGACGUGGAUUGACUGGAAGACCUGGAUUUGGUGGAAGACAUAGAUUUUUCUGGAAGACGCUGACUGACUGGAAGACCUGGAUUUCUUUCUGGAAGACACUGAUUGACUGGAAGAUCUAGAUUUUUCUGGAAGAACUAGAUUUACUGGAAGACUUGGAUUUGGUGGAAGACGUAGAUUUUUCUGGAAGACAUGGAUUAGCUGGAAGAUCUGUAUUUGAUGGAAGACCUUGAAAUUAUUGGAAGACACGUAUUUUCUGGAAGACAUGGAUUUUCCUGGAAGAUCUGGAUUUGGUGGAAGACCUAUAAUUGCUGGAAGACUGGAUUUACUGGAAGACUUGGAGCUUCUUGGAAGACGUGGAUUGUCCGGAAGACAUGGAUUGUCUGGAAGAUGUUGAUUUUCUGGAAGCUCAGGAUUAUCUGGAAGACCUUGAGAUUGUCGGAAGACUUGAAGUCGCUGGAAGACCCGGAGUUGUUGGAAGACCUUGACACUGGCGCCAUUGGAAACCCUGGACAUUGGAAACAUUGUAAGCACAGGAUAUUGGAGACAUUGCAAGCCUUGGAUUCUGAAGACAUUGGUUACUCUGGGCAUUGACGAUUCUGGAGGCCCUGAACAUUGGGAUAUUGAAUAUUGGAAGUCAUAGACAGUGAAAUCUCUGGAAAUUAGAGAUAUUGUAAGUCCUGUACCUUGGAACUCCUAAAUACUGGCAGAUAUGAACAACGGCAAGAUAUAGACAUUUAUAAAUCCUAAAAUGAGAAGCCCUGGAUUUUGGGAGACAUUGGUAAGCAUGGAUACUGACAUAUUUAUGUCAAAAGACAGUUUGGAAGAAUUAAAUUUUAAAGAUGCUGGACGUCAAGAAUACCGGCAGUCUGGACAAUAUGAGACCAGGAUAUUAAGAGGUCUAUUCAUUCAGACAUUGAGGCUAUUGAUGUACCUGAAAAUUGUAAGACCUAGUUCUUGCAGGUAUUAAAAGACUUGGGCAUUGGAGGAAUUGGCAAUAAAAACACACUGUAAAACUAGAAUGUAGGAGACAUUUAAAAAUGUAAAAACUGUGUGAUGUAAGUGCUGGAAGACAUUGAAGAAUCUAGACUUAACACUAUGAGAUACAUAGCCUCUAGAACACCUGUAUAUAGGAGACAUUGGAGGAUUAGGACCAUGGAAGACUUGUAAUUUAGAACUCUGGAUCCUGAAAGACAAGACCUGGACUUUGAAGAUGGGUUGUUGGAGAUAUUAGUAAGACCUACAUUUUUAAUAACUUGAAUACUGGGAAGUUUAGAAAACAAGGGCAUUGGAGAUGCUGCAGGAGAGGGACUGGAAUGCGUGGAUGUUAUAAUAUUGGGAAGAUCUGGCAAUUAAAGAUGUUGGAAGCUUUGGAGCUUAGAAGACUUGAGUUAGAGAAACUGAAGAACAGAAAGGCCUAAUCUUAAUGGUAUUGGAAAGUCAUGCUGAAAGAUAGUAGCAAUAUUCAAAGAGUUGUGCAUUAGGGCCUGGAUAUUAAAUUAAAAGACAUCAUGAGACUACUCUUGUAGUCUUUAAUACUAUUGCAUCUCUUCUGCUAAAAAGCAAAACACAAGGAAAUAGUAUUCUAGGAAAGUGAGAAAGAGAAGGCAGGGAAAUUCAAGAAAAAGCAAAUAGUUUGAAUGGGUUAGAAGCUAUUUUCAUAGUCUCGAUGAACUGGCCUUAUUAGUUAACAAGAUGGGAAUGGGAAAUUAUCAAAGAAUAAGCAGUAUCUAGGUUGAGAGAACUGCUUAGCUUUAGAUCAGGGAUCAACAAACAUUUUCUGUAAAGGUUCAGAAGUAAAUAUUUAAGGCUUUACAGGUUACAUUGUCUCUGUUGCAACUACUCAACUCUCCCAUUGUAGUGCAAUCACGGACAGUAAGUAAAUGAAUGGGGAUGGCUGUGCUGCAAUAAAACUUUACUUAAAAAAAAAAUGGUUGGGCUGCAUUUGGCCCAAGGGCCUUAGUUUGCUAUUCCCUGCUCUAACUCCAAAUCAAGGAUAUGGUAAAGUUAAGUACAUUCCAGCCUAGCAUUCACAUAUGAGAACAAGCAGAGAACAAGAGAACUUGUUCUCACAUGGAGAACAAGCAGAGAAAAUUGAAGCCGAAUGAUAAAUAACAAUAUCAUGUGCUGUAAUGAUAGGAGAUGAAACUGGCAAGAACCUAAGAAUUUAGAUCUCUAGGUAAUUGUUUGGACAAUUGCCCAAACAGGGAGCCUUGUAUUCAGAGCCAAAAUUAAAUGGGUUGCAUUCAGGGGCCCAACCAACAGGGCUGAGGAUCGAUGAGGAUGUCCUGAUUUAAUUAAAUAAGCUGGAAGCUUAAGUAAAUUAGAGAAGAAACCUACCCCUACAGACUGGACAUCUAUGGAGGGGAACAGGAAAAAGAUUAUAGCUUGGCAGACUCUUCCCAGCCACCCUGGCUUCAGGUAAUAUAUGUAAUUUCUUAAGUGACAAAGAGCUUAAGUGACAAGCUUAAGGGAUCAGACUUGAGCUGUGGGCUGAAGGCCCUUAGUACUUAGAUAAGGCUGAGGAGUCAGGAACUAUCACAUAUAUUACAUGAAAGAGAACACUGGCAUACAAAACUGGGAAAGUACACUGGAACUAGGCCAUGUAUGAUUUAAAGACCAAAUAGUGGAAUAUAUAGACAAUGGGUGGUCAUUAGACGUCUAUGAACAAGGAGAUAUUGGAAUCAGAACUGUACAUAAGGAAAGUCAGUUGAGCAGCAAGGUGCUGAAUAGCAAAGACUACUAGAUAUACAUAGUAGAACACCUAAUACUCCAAGCCAAAACACUUAAAGGGUUGGGAUGUGAGGCUAAUACAGUUAUGUAGGUAAGUGGUAGUGGGGGCUAGAAUUAAGGCAGUGACAUUUCUGUCACUCAGCAGACACAGCAUCAGUUAUGAUGAAUACUUAGCAUUCUGAAUAACACUAUUUUAAACUUCUUGAAUGCCAUCAUAGAACACAUGAAAUUCAAAGAAGUUCAGAAGCCAGCUGUGAGGAAUUUUCCUUGCCUAGUAAGAUUACGUAGAUUUACACAAAUUCUCUCAAAAGGCAGCUGAGCUAAUACCUUGUUGGUCAAGCAAAAACAGGUCCUAUUUAGCUUCAUCUUUACCCCUAUAUCACAGCUACCUAAUUUUCUUUAAAGUGGAAACAAGUGGAUGGAUUAUUUUCUAGAGAAUAAGAACAUAUCCAUGUCCAAAACUGAGAUUACCUCUAAUCACUACACAAAUAAAUGUUAUGCAAUGAUAACCAUAUUAUAGCAUGAAGAAUCACUGCAAAUCAGGGAGUAACUUACAGGCAAGCAAAUUAUUGUUUCAUGUAUCCCU